AUGCCAUUGCUUAAAGACCAGAUCUUCUAUGGCCGGCGAUUCAUGCUAUCAUGCGCCAUUUUUCGGGCCUACAACGGGUGGCUCGGUUCCGGCGGCGGCAAGCCAGUGAUCGGAGAUGAUGCGUGGACCAUCGAUGCGGUUGUGCGAGGCGGCAACGAAGCAUAUCAAGGAGAGGCAGAGCAAUUGGGGCUACCUGAAGCCUAUCGUCAGGCUAGAUCUUAUUUGGAACUUAGCUUUGAUCAUAGUUUUUAUUUCUGCAUGUUGGAAAAUAUAACAACUGAGUUGUCGUACGAUUCGGAACAGUUGAAGGCAGAUUCUGAGGUCCUUUGUGCCAAACUAACUGAAGAACAAGGUCUCAUAUAUGAUACUGUUAUCAAAGAUAUUGAGAACAAGAAGGGUGGCUUAUUUUUUGUUUAUGGUUAUGGUGGAACAGGAAAGAUUUUCCUGUGGAGAGCGUUAUCAGCUGCAGUCAGAUGCAAAGGACAAAUCGUUUUAAAUGUCGCUUCAAGUGGCAUAGCUUCUUUGUUGCUACCAGGUGGCCGGACUGCACACUCGAGGUUUGCAAUACCUAUUGCAAUAAAUGAGGACUCUACCUGUAACAUUAAGCAAGGUAGCGACCUGGCUGAGUUGCUGAUCAAGACGAGCUUGAUAAUUUGGGAUGAAGCUCCCAUGAUGCAUAAACAUUGCUUUGAAGCUUUAGAUAGAACCAUGCGCGGUUUGUUGCGUUUUGUAGAACCUAAUAGUGAAAUGAAGACGUUUGGUGGUAAAACAGUUGUACUGGGUGGAGAUUUCCGUCAAAUUCUUCCAGUAAUUCCCAAAGGUACACGACAAGACAUUGUUUCUUCAGCGAUCAAUUCAUCAUACCUAUGGGAUACUUGCAAAGUCUUAAGGUUGACUAAAAACCUCAGGCUCAGCUCGGUACCAAAUGGUGGAAACCGGCAUGCAUUACAAGAGUUUGCUGACUGGAUUGCCAAUAUUGGCGAUGGGAAGCUUGGUGGCCAGAAUAACGGGUUUGCAGAAAUUGAAAUACCAACGCACAUGUUAGUAUCAUCCGGGGGGGACGACAUUAAAGCAAUUGUGCACAGUACAUUUCCUAUGUUUGCAAGUGGGAACACUGACCCCGAGCACCUGUUGGGUCGUGCCAUAUUAGCACCGACGCUCGACGUUGUCAACGCUGUUAAUGACUAUAUGACUGAGUUGCACAAUGCCGAAAGUAGGUCAUACUAUAGUUCAGACGCAGUAUGCAAAGCCGAUGGCGAUAACGGUAUAUUUGGAGACGUACACACACCGGAGUUUCUAAAUAGCAUUCGGGUUUCAGGUCUACCAAAUCAUACACUGACCUUGAAAAUCGGAUCACCAGUAAUGUUAAUGAGAAAUAUUGACCAUUUACUUGGUUUGUGCAAUGGAACUCGGUUGAUAAUCACAAAGCUAGCAGAUCAUGUGAUUGAAGGCGAGAUCCUGACUGGUCCCAACAAAGGUACAAAAGUGUUAAUCCCCCGAAUGUCAAUGGCACCCUCGGAUCCAAGAUUGCCGUUCAAGUUUCAACGAAGGCAAUUCCCAUUGAUGCUUUCAUAUGCGAUGACCAUAAACAAAAGUCAAGGCCAAACGUUGACCCAUGUAGGUUUAGUACUAAAGAAACCGGUUUUUGUACACGGUCAGUUGUACGUAGCUGCAUCUCGGGUUAAUAAUCCAGACGGUCUCAAAAUAUUGAUAGCAAAAGACUCAAGUUCAACUACAACCUCAACCACUAAUGUUGUAUAUCAUGAAGUUUUCAAUAAUUUGUAG